UCUGGAAGGAUAGCAGUUACCACAUGAAAAAUGAAGCAGCAGCUCUGAAGCCUGAGCAAUGGACCUCGGCAGCCCCAACCCAACCUGGCUUAACUCAGCCUCACUGAACCAGAUCCAACACUCUUGGCUCCCUGGGCUUGCUACAGCUCUCUGAUCCUUAGAAUCUUCUCAGUUCCAGCUAGAAUGCUACGUCAGGCACUUCGCAGAUUUGGUCGAAAGCUGGUACGCAGACGUCCGCUGGAGAAAAAAGUGUAUGAGUUUAAAUCUGGCAUAAAACCGAGCACUCUGGACUUAGUGGCCCUGGGUGUGGGCCACACAGUGGGUGUCGGUGUGUAUUUCUUGGCUAAUGAGGUGGCCGGUAAUCAAGCAGGACCAUCCAUUGUGAUCAGCAUUUUGGUGGCGGGCCUGACAUCAUUGUUGGCUGGGCUGUGCUAUGCAGAGUUUGGUGCCUGGCUUCCCCAUUCUGGCUCUGCGUAUCUCUACACCUAUGUCACUAUGGGUGAACUCUGGGCUUUCAUCACUGCCUGGAACCUUAUCCUCUCCCUUGUUGCUGAUGCAGUUAUUGUGGUCCAGACCUGGACCUUAGCUUUUGACAUCUUGUAUGGGAACCGGAUCUCUGAGACCCUGCAUGAGAGCAUUUCACAACAUGUUCCCCAAGUCAUUGCAGACAAUCUAGCCUACUUUGCUGUGAUCCUACUGUUGUUUACCGUAGAAAUUCAAUAUCUGCUGUCUCAUGACUGCAUAAUUUUCAAACUGUUUACAUUGGUAAAACUUUUGGUUCUCAGUUUUGUCAUCAUCUCUGGCUUCAUGAAGGGGGACCUGCACAACUGGAACCUCACAGAAGAGGACUAUGUAAAGGCUGGACUCAAUGACACCUUUAGCUUGGGCCCUCUGGGCUCUGGUGGAUUCAUGCCUUUUGGCUUUGAGGGGAUUCUCCGUGGAGCAGCUACCUGUUUCUAUGCUUUUAUAGGCUUCGACAGUAUUGUUACCAAAGUUGAGGAAGCCCAGACUCCCCAGCGUUCCAUCCCCAAGGGCAUUGUGAUUUCACUGCUCAUCUGCUUUUUGGUGUAUUUUGGAGUCUCUGCGGCACUUACACUCAUGGUACCUUACUACCAGCUUCGACCUGGGAGCACCUUGCCUGAGGCAUUUCUCCAUAUUGGCUGGGCAACUGCCUAUUAUGUUGUAGCUUUUUCGAUUUUCUUUAGUAUUGUUACUGGCAGUUAUAUGAACUUUACAGUCCGCAUACGUCAGGUGACAUAUAUGAUGGCAAUGGAUGGUCUCCUGUUCCCUGUUCUUGCCAGGUUCCUUUUCAGCACAUAUGGCCGCUUCCUGACCACUGUGACCUUUGUCACUACUGGAGCAAUCAUGGCAUUCCUCUUUGGACUCACUCGUCUUCUGGACCUCAGGUCAUUUGGGACCCUGAUAUCUUAUUCCCUGGUAGCUUUUUGUGUUCUCAUCAUCAGGUAUCAACCUGAGUGGACGAAUGAAGAAAAUGAAGCACAGGUGCAGGAGGAGAAUGGGGGAAAUGAGGCACAGGUGCAGGAGGAGAAUUUGGGAAAUGAAGCACAGAUGCAGGAGGAGGAUGGAUCUGCAGCAGAGAAGCUGACUCUACAGGGACUAUUCUUUCCAGGCAGCCCCACCCCCACUCCGCUCUCUGGCCGGGUUGUCGUUGUUUGCUCCUCACUGCUUGUUCUGCUGCUGACUCUUCUCUGCCUGGUGCUGGCCCAGUGGCCAGGUCUGCUCUCUGGAGACCCAGCGCCGAUCACAGUGGUUGUGCUGCUCCUGGUGCUCAUCACUGGGAUCACUGGGGACAUCUGGAGGCAGCCACAGAGCUCCACUCCCUUUCCCUUUAAGGUCCCUGCUGUGCCUCUCCUCCCACUCCUGAGCAUCUUUGUGAAUGUUUGCCUUAUGAUGCAGAUGACAGCUGGAACCUGGCUGAGAUUUGGUGUCUGGAUGCUGAUUGGGUUUGCUCUCUACUUGGGGUAUGGGAUCUGGCACAGCCUGGUGGCUUAACCCCACUUAAAGGCCCAAACUGUAGACUCAGCAGUGAACUCAGCAAUGCCAGUACUUAUUCGGUUUGACAUCAUCACACCUGAAUGCAGUCUGGUCCCCUGCACAAUAAUGGGGAGUACUCUUGAGCACAUGGAAAUCUAGGGCUCCUAUGAGCUAUUGAUGGGGAACACUAAUAGAGCUCUGUAUUUAUGGUAGAGUGAAGGAUGUGUCUUUGCUCUUCCCCCCCUUUUCUUCUUUACUUUCUACUUUUUAAUUAUGUCUAUAGCUGCUCACUGGCUUUUACAAAAUUAGUAUUAAAAGAAACUUGAAAAAGUGUUUUCCUUUUCUUUGGUUAAAUAUCCACUAGUCAAGGAGGUGUCUAGCUGGCUCAGUCAGUAGAGCAUGAUUCUUGAUCUCAGGUUGGUGAGUUUGAGCUCCACAUUAGCUGUAGAGAUCACUUAAAAAAAAAUCCAGUAGCAGAAUUAUUGGAUCAUACGGUAGUGCUGUUUUAAUUUUUUUGAGGAAUCUCCACACUGUUUUCUGUAAUGCCUGCACCAAUUGACAUUCCUACCAACAGGGCGUGAGGAUUCCUUCUUCUCUAUAUCUUUGUCAACACUUGUUAUUCUUGUCUUUUUGAUUUUAGCCAUCCUGACAGGUAUAAAGUGACAUCUGACUGCACUUUUUUUAGAGUUUAAUAUGUUUAAUUUUUUUAUGUUCAGUUAGCCAACAUAUAGUACAUCAUUUGUAUUUCCCUGAUAAUUAGUGAUACUAAACAUCUUUUCAUGUGUCUGUGGCCAUCUGUAUGUCUUCUUUGGAAAAAUAUCUAUUCAGGUCCUCUGUCCAUUUUUUAAUUGGAUUUUUUGGGGUUUUUUUGUAUUGAGUUGUAUAAGUUCUUUAUGUAUUUUGAGUAUUAACCCUUUAUUAAUAUAUCAUUUGCAAAUAUCUUCUCCCAUUCAGUAAAUUGCCUUUUUUUGUUAUUGAUGGUUACCUUUUCUGUGUAAAGGUGUUUUUGUUUUGUGAACUGGAAAAGAUACAUGCACCCCUAUGUUUAUUGCAGCAUUAUUUACAAUAGCCAGGAUAUGGAAGCCACCCAAAUGUGCAUCAGUAGAUGAAUGGAUAAAGAAGAUGUGGUCUAUCUGCAUAUCCAAUGGACUAUUACCCAGCCAUAAAGAAGAAUGGAAUCUUGCCAUUUGUAACAACAUUGGAUGGACCGGGUGGGUAUAAUGCUAAUUGAAAUAUGUCAGUCUGAGAAAAAGAAACGCCGUAUGUUUCACUCUUAUGUAGAAUUAAAGAAAUAAAAAAAUUAAAAUGAUAAAAGAAAAAAGAGAGACAAAUAACAAUACCAAAACAAAAGCAAAAACAAAAUCACAACACC